CGUAAGCAGUUACGGGAUAGGCAGUGGUCCAGGUGGAAGUGGUAGUUGGUCGACCCGAGGUGUUGGUGGUAUCAGCGGCGAUUCCUAUCAGCAAGGCAGUGGGAUUUUCGGUUCCCAUCGUCAACAGACCACAUUCAUUUCUGCAGCAAUUCCAACCACAUUAUCUCAGCCUAUUCCUCGAAAUGUUCGUCGACAAUUGUUCAAAAAAUUAAUGUUGUUUGUUGAACCAAAUCCAUCAUCACCCAAGAAAUUAUUUGAACUUCCGAAAGCACCAACUUAUCAAACUGGCGGUGACUAUAUUUGUCAAAAUGAACAAUAUCCAAUCACCAAUUUAUCGGAUUCCAAUCUUUCAUCCAACUAUUAUAUCGAGAAUUCUCGGCCAUCUUAUUCAUUACGUUUACCACAAAAGCUUUUCAAUGAACUAUUCUUAACCUGUUGUCAACAGCAUAUACCAACAAAUUGUCACAGUUUAUGUACAUACGAGCAUUGCGAACAUAUCGCAGUCGAAGCGCUAAUUAAAGCGAUUCAACAAGAUGAUUGCGAUCUUAAAUAUCUUAACAAUACCUUGUAUUGCGGAAAUCGAAAUCGAAAUAAUCGAAAUUGUUGGCAGUUUCACGAAAUAUCAUUAUCGGAACUAGAAGUUGGUAAUAGGCUACAUUUUGUAAAAUUUGAAGCAUUACUAUACAUUAAAAGUAUUCUUAUAUUAUUUUCACCAAUACGUUGA